ACUGGUGGACAUUAGAGUCAUAAAGAAUGCUUGAAAUAAUGCAGAUUCUUACCAAAGCCCUCUUCAGGGCCUGGCAAUCUGUAUUCUAAUAAGCUCAUCUUGUGGUUCAGAUGCUCACUAGCAUUAAUACUAGAUUUCUGUAGGGUAGUGGGUUUUCUUUCCUUUUUAAUUUUUUAUUGGAGUAUGGUUGCUUUACAAUGUUGUGUUAGCCUCCACUGCACAACAAAAUUAAUCAGCUAUACACAUACAGAUAUCCCCUCCCGUUUGGACUUCCCUCCCAUUUAGGUGACCAUGGUGCAUUAGGUAGGGUUCCCUGUGCUCUACAGUAUGUUCCCAUCAGUUGUCUAUUUUAUACAUAGUAUCAAUAAUGUAUAUGUGUCCAUCCCAGUCUCCCAAUUCCUCCCACCCCACCCCUUUCCCCCUUGGUAUCCGGGUAGACGGUUUUUUGAGCAGCCCCUUACUGUAGAAGUCAGGGUUAAGGCAAGGCGGGAUGAGGUGUCAUUAGUUACAAAAUACUUUGGGGUUCAAAGCAGGGACAGAACAUCAUGUAUUGGGGGUCAGAAAAUGCUUCACAGUGCUUGAGAUGAUUCUUAAAAGAGCUCUGUUGUGUGGCUGAAACAGUGAACAGAGACAGAGGUGGGAGGGGAGGUGUAUGGGGCCACCCGAGUCCUCGGUGUGGGAUGAGUUUCUGACUUAGGCAGGAGAGGAAUGAGAAAAGGUGGCAAGGUGGGCUGGAGUAGCACCUACAGCAGAGAACUGGAGGGUAUUUAGUGGGCAAUUUUUAUUAAACCAGUGCUCAUCAAGUGUUGGUCACGUGUCAGACAGACACAUGUUACAAGGAAAUUGAACCAUGCACGAGACAGACACCAUGUUUCCCUCGUGGGGUUUCCCAUCUGGUAUAGGAAACAGACCUUAAACAACUAAACACAAAUAUAUCACUGUGAGGUAUGCUAUGUGCUUGAAAGAAAAGAACAGGGGGGCUGGAACGAUGGGGCAGUGGAGGGUGUGCCCCUUUAGAUGGGAAGGCCUCGCAGAGGAGGUCCUGUUGAAGCUGGAACUAACCAUGCGCAGAGUGGAGGGGAAGUGUGUUUUUGGCAGAAAGAAUACCUGGCAAACAGGCCGAAAUGGAGCAGUUUGAAAUCCCUGAGGCAGGAGAGAACUGGGCGUGUUGGAGAAAGAGCAAAAGCAGCGUGGCUGACGUGUGGUGUGGUGAGGUGCUCAGAAUUUAUUUGCAGCGCAACGGUUAAGUCAUUGAAAGGUUUAAAGUGAGAGAGUGCUAGGAUCUGAUUUAUGUGUUUAAAAGAUCUGGAGAACCAAUCAGAGGACAGCAAGGAUGGCAAUAGGGAAACCAGCCAGGAGGCCACUAAAGAGGUCCAGGUGUGAGAUGGUGACGGUGGCUUGGCCGAGGGUGGAAGAGGUGGUAAAAAUGUUCAAUUCAGAAGGGGUGAAUGAGAGGGAGAUUUCUGGUUUACACACCGGGUUGGAUGGAGGUGCUGUUACUUAGAUGAGAAAUACUGAAGGGUGGGGCAGAUUAGAGGGAGGCAGAUCAGGAGGUCAGUUUUGGACAUGUUGCUUCUGAAAUGCCUGGGAGACAUCCAGGUGGAGGCACCAAGCAGGUAGUUGGGGAGCUCAGGGAGGUGUCUGAGCUCAGGAGAGAGAUCUGGCCUCAAGUUUACUCUGCAACCCACUCUGGUCAGUCUUCUAUCCCAUCUCUUCCCCAUAGAUGCCCUUGGAAGGAUCCCAUGAAUCACUAUGACCUCUUGGUUGCCAGACCCAGUGGAUGAUUUUCAGUCUCAUCUUCUUCAGCCUCUGCAGCAUUUGACACAGUUGGCCACACUGUCCUCGAACACAUCCUGUUCCUUCUCUGACACCACUCUCCUGGUCUUCCCUAUCUCUGUGGCUCCUCUGCCGGCUUCUUGUCUAUACCCAAUUUAAAUCAAUGGUUUCCAAUUUUUAAUUUAAAAAAAAGUAGAACUCAUAGGUAUACAUAUUUUAAUUUCACCUUUUAAAAUUUCUAUUUUUGUGUAUAUUUUAUAAACGUGCAUAUCUGUAUAGUAUACUGAGGGGUACAUACUUAAUUUUUCUGACGGUGUGCAUUCAAAAAAGUGCAGACCGUUUAGCUGAGUGAGACGAUUUCUAGGUAAUUUCAUUUGGCCCCAUAGCUUUAAUUACAAUCUGCAUAUUUCUAAAUCCAGAAUUUAUCUCCGACCCUAGUCCUGGCUAAGCUCCAGACCCUGUAGCAGCUUCAGUGUACAGUGUUCAGUGGAGACCUGCAGGAGUUAAGUGAUGAGGGAGAGUGGCGUGUUCCAGACCAAGGCAAGAGCCUUGGAGGCAAGAGAGCCCUGUGCCUUCAAGACCAGAAAGAAUUGCUGGUGGCUGGCUUGAAGAUCAUGAGAGGGUCAGUAGUGAAAGAUGAGGACAGACGGGGCCAAAUGGUGGAAUGCCUUGUGCUGAGAGGUUGGACCCUUCUGAGGGCAAUGGGGAGCCACUGAAGCAUUUAUAUCCAGGGAGGAGGCAUACACUUGAGGUGUAUUAGUAGAGGAUCACAAUAUCUCUUCAUUUUAAAGAUGAGGGGAGGGAUUUCCCUGGUGGUUCAGUGGCUAAGACUCCACGCUCCCAGUGCAGGGGGCCCGGGUUUGAUCCCUGGUCAGGGAACUAGACCCCAUGUGCGCAACGGAGAGUUCACAUGCCGCAACUAAAGAGCCCACAGGCCACAACGAAAAAAAGAUCCCACAUGCUGGGAUGAAGGUCCUGCGUGCCGCAACCAAGACCCAGUGCAGCCAAAUAAUUAAAAAAAAAAUUAAAUAAAGAGGGGAAUUCCCUGGCAGUCCAGUGGUUAGGGCUCUGCGAGUUCACUGCUGUGGGCCUGGGUUCAAUCCCUGGUUGGGGAACUAAGAUCCUACGAGCCGCACAGUGCGGCCAAAAUAAAAUAAAAUAGAGUAAAAUAAGGCCUCAGGGGGACCUCCAGAGUGGUCCAGAGUGCCAGUGGCAGAGCCGACACUGGAUCCCCAGGCUCCUACUUCCCAGUGCAGUGCCCUUGUUGCAUUUCCAUCCACCCUUCAUCUCAGGCAGCAUCUGGAGCACAGGGAACCUCCAGCUGGAGGAAACCCUGACAUUUGGCAUGGCCACCGUCCAUGUAAUAUAUCCCUAAUACCUUUGCUUUGAUCCUCCCUGUGGGUCAGACUCUUGGAAAACCAAGAUAAAUAAGGACCACGUGGUAAUUGGUCCCUAUUAUUGCUGCACAUUGUUACCAGUCUUCUCAACAGUCCUGCAAGUCAGUGGAAAGUGAAGCUAAGAGAGGUGAAGCAACUUCUUCUGUAUCAUACAGCCAGGACCUGGGGAAGCUGUGAUUCAAACUCUCUUCUGUCCAGUUUCCAAAGCUGAGCUUUUUCCUUCUUGUACAUACCAAGAAACUCAGAUUUCAGCAGUGGAGACAGACCCUUUAAAAAAUAAUUUGAUACAAUGUGUUCAGUGUUACAAGUAGAUACUGAGGUGGGCUUGUUUGCCUUAGGAGACUGGUAAGACUGGCGCAUUUGCUGGGUUUUCAGCAUGCAUAGUUCACCAGAAAAACGGACAAGAUUAUACUGGUAACAAGUCGAGGAGAACUGGAGUGCCUGGAGCUCAGGAUGGAGUGGGCAGGCAGGAAAUGACAAAGCAGUAAGAGUGAAGGGUCUCCUGGGCCAAGCCUGAGUCAACUUUGACUUCCCUUUUCCUCACAUUCUAUAUCCAAGCCAUCAUCAAGUCCUGUUGGCUCAAAUACAUAACUGGAAACUGACCAUUUCUCACCACCUCCAUUGCUACCACUCUGGCAGCUGGUCCACGCCACCUGCAAAUCUCAUCUAGCUUUCUGAAAGAACUUCCCUCUGCCGUUGCCUACCUACAGCCUACUCCGGACAAAGCAGCCUGAGAAAGAGACAGAGAGAAAUCCUUCUAACACUGUCACCCUCAGCCUUAGCUGCAAUUUAAAAUCAACCGGGGAAUUCUCAAAAAGUUCCUAUGUCUGCACCUCACCCCAGAUAUUCUAAUGUAAUUGCUAUGAAGUGGGGCCCAGCUAGAGGUAUUUUUACAGCACCCCAGAUGAUUCGAACUUGUAGCCAGGGUUGAGGAACACUGUCUCAGUAUGUAAAUCUCAUAUCUCUUCUCUGGCCAAACCCUCCAACACUUUCCAUUUCACUCAGAGUAGAAGCCAAUGGUCUACAGGGCUGUAUGUGAUCUGGCCUCCUGUGAUCUCUCUUUCCUCCCCCUCGUUCAUUCCAUUCCAGCCACACUGGCCUUUUGGUUCACUGAACAAACAAGGCACACUUCUACCUCAGGGCCUCUGCCCUUGUUCCCUCUGUCUGAAAAACUCUUCACCCAGAAGUCUGCCUUAAGUCUGGCUUAAUCCUUGACCUCCUUUAGGUCUUUGCUCAGCCAUCACUUUCUAGUCUUCCCCCUAUAAAAUUGCAACUCUUGUCCACCAUUCUCUGUCCUUCUUAUCCUGCUCUAUUUUUCUUUAUAGCACUUGUCACCGUCUGACUUCUGAUGUAUUUUAAGUACCUUGUCUGUCUCUUCCCCACUAAAAUGUAAACCCCAGGAGACUGGGAAUUUUUAAAAACUGCUAAAUAUUUCUAUCACCUGUCUGACAUAUAGUAGGGGCUCAUUAAAUCUCUGUUGAAUAACUGAACUUCUGUAUGUCUGUGUUUUGGUGGAGGCUGGCGCGUGGUUUGGGCCAGGUAGAAUCUGGGGCACUAAGGGAUACCAGGGGAGAGGUCCAGCAUUUGGGUUUGAAGAUGAUGACUGAAGCUGUAGGACCAGCCCAGAGGAACAUGGACAUAGGGACAAAGAAGCCGCCAAACCUGCUUCUCCCCAUGUGCAUCUUGAUGGGUGAGACCUCCAUCUGCCUGGUCACCAGACAGGCACCUGAGGUCAUCCUGGACUCCUCACCUCCACAUCUCACUUCCCAAACAAGUUCCAUAUUAUUGUCUAAAUAUCUUCAAAAUCUGCCACUUCUGUCCACACUAUCACAACCAUCCUCUCCCCCAGACUACUGCCAACCCAGCCUGGGGGCCUCUGUUGGUCUCCACCAUACAGGUUAAAUGGUUUUCCUAAAACAUCUGACCUUCUCCCUCUGACUGAAAAUCUUUCAGUGGGCUCCCCACUGCCCUGGGGGCCAAAGCGCAGCUCCCACAAGGCCCUCUGUGCACGUGGGCCGGACUCUGAACUCAUCUCUUGCCGCUCAGCCUAUAGGCCCCCAAGGCGCAGGACUUCCUCACACCUGCGGGCCUGGGCUCAGGACUCAAACAAAGCGAAAGAAGCGAUUCUUGUUGGGAGAAGGCUUUCCUGCGGACCGCGCUGUCUCCUCUGGCCCCCCUGAGCCUCACCUCACGCCCACUCGUUACUGACACUGUCUGGCAGUCUAUCCCCCGUGUGGCUGGGGGCGCCUGAAGGAAGUACUAUAAUUGCAACGGGUCUGUGUGGGUCACUGCUACGUCAGGGAGAGGAGACUAGCAAGGUUGCCCCAGGGAGGCAGAAGGGGAGCCAGGAGUCAGUCCUAGAAGCCAAUGGGUGAGUGUGCAGGGUGUUCCGCUGCGUCAGCGAGGCCCGAACGGCCCUCGGGAGGAGGAGCCUGGGCUCCCGAGCCGCGCAAGCGGCCCUUGUUCCCACCAAGGGGCACUGACCACUCUGCGCCCGCAGGCCUGGCGGGAGUCGCAGGGCUAGGGCUCACCCGGCUACGCUCGCAGGCGAGCUUCAUCUCUGGGCUUCUGCAUCCGAGCGGAAAGGGCGGGGAUGCCCGCCAAGCCGUGAAGCGGGUGGCCUGAAGUCCCGGCGCCGCAGGAGAGCCGGCAGUCUUCCUGCGCAGGCGCUCUGCUCAGCUGGGAGGGGCGGGGCCUGGACGGGUCGGGGGGUGGAGUCAGCUCCUGGGCCCGCCUCCACCAGCUCCCGAGAGCUGCAGAGUGCUGGGCACCCGGGCUAUUCUAGGGGCUUCAGGUGAGCAGGGGGAACGGGUCAGGAGACCUCCCUUGAGGUGGGGCCGUCGGUCUGACUGCGGGUCCAUCUGUCCUGCCGUCUGCCAACAGCCGCCUCUGCGGAAAAUGGGAGAACAAAGGGAGGGGGCGGUUCUGGGGCCCCUGAGGGAAUCCAGGGUCCCAGGGCCCCCGCCUUGCCCGCUGACACUUUCGGUUUCUCCCCGAGUCAGAAGCGCCGCCCUAGAGACCCUGGGCCGGCGCUGGGCGCAGCUGCCGCUCUGCGUUUGCCUGUCCAUCUUUGUGUCUGUCUUUGUGUCUGUCUGGCUGUCUCCGAGCUUGCCUCCACUUCUAGAACUAAGCCUCCGGGACAGCGACAUCCCGCGAACCCUCGCCCUUCUCCCAUGGCAGGCUACUUGCCCCCCACAGGCUACGCCCCUUCGCCCCCACCUCCCUACCCUGUGACCGCUGGGUACCCGGAGCCGACGCUGCAUCCUGGGCCCGGGCCGGGGCAGGCACCAAUGCCCGCCCACGUGCCUACCCCUGCGCCCGGCUUUGCUGUCUUCCCCUCGCCCGGCCCUGGGGCCCCGGGACCAGCUGCCCCCUUUUUGCCACUGCCAGGGGUGCCUUUUGGCCUCGAAUUCCUGGCGCAGAUUGAUCAGAUCUUGAUUCACCAGAAGGCUGAGCGGGUGGAAGCGCUCCUGGGCUGGGAGACCUGUAACCGCUACGAACUGCGCUCGGGAGCCGGACAGCCCCUGGGUCAGGCGGCAGAGGAGAGCAACUGCUGUGCGCGGCUAUGCUGUGGCGCCCGCCGGCCCCUGCGUGUACGCCUGGUGGACCCCGGGGACAGAGAGGUGCUGCGCCUGCUCCGCCCCCUCCACUGUGGCUGCAGCUGCUGUCCCUGUGGCCUCCAGGAGAUGGAAGUACAGGCUCCACCAGGCACCACCAUUGGCCACGUUCUACAGACCUGGCAUCCCUUCCUCCCCAAGUUCUCCAUCCAAGACGCUGACCGCCAGACCGUCCUGCGAGUGGUGGGGCCCUGCUGGACCUGUGGCUGUGGCACAGACACCAACUUUGAGGUGAAGACUCCAGAUGAAUCCCGCAGUGUGGGCCGCAUCAGCAAGCAAUGGGGUGGGCUGCUCCGAGAAGCCCUCACCGAUGCAGAUGACUUCGGCCUGCAGUUCCCACUGGACCUGGAUGUGAGGGUGAAGGCUGUGCUGCUGGGAGCCACGUUCCUCAUUGACUACAUGUUCUUCGAGAAGCGAGGAGGCGCUGGGCCCUCUGCCAUCACCAGUUAGAGGCCACCUCGGGGUGAGGAGACCAUCAUCUCAACCAGAAUUCAAGAUGGUCACCUGCCCUGGCCCCGCCUCAGAGGCAGCCCCUUUCCCUCCAUGUGCACUGCAGGGGAGAGACAGGGCUGCCUGAGAGGCUGGAGGCUUGGUGCCCCAUGCCUCCCCUACUCCCCUGGCCUGCUUCACCUGUAGCCCCUCCGGAAGGGUAUGUACGAGAGCCCUUCCCCUGCUACUUCCCACCACUGCCUCCAGCAGACCCUCAGCACACGGGCGUAUCGGCUUUCCAACUUUCCCUGCUGACUUUCUCCCAACCCCCUCCAGGGCCUCUGCUCCAGAUGAGGCCUUAGAAUGCAGGGUUUUAUGACAGGGCUGGGGUGGGGAAGGUCAAGCAGCACCGAAGACGGCUGACCCGGUCACCCUCUCCCGCAUCAGCUUGGCCAAUUAGUUCAGCCUCAGAUGAUGGCGCUCUGAGGGGGAUCCCUGCCUCCCCCGCCCCGAUAGCUAUAGGGCCAGGGCCCCGAUGCCGACUUCCUCUCCCUCAGCUGGUGCUUGCUGCGACUUCCUGUGCCUUACCGCCCCUUCCUACCCUUCCUUAGGAAGGAGGCUGCAUCUUUGUAUGUUAUAUUCGUAUAAACUUUGUAACUUUUUGGA